AUGGGAGAUGGGUGCGUGGUUCAGGCCACUCCCAGUUCCAACAAAAAGAAGAACAAGAAGAAGAAAAACAGGGGUGGCACCAAGAAGAAGAUGACCCACGACCAGGUUCUCGCCUUCAAGUUUGUCAGUGAGUGGGUUUUCUUGGAUCACUCUUCUGGUUCAUCAUCUUCUUCUUCGUCGUCGCCUUCUGCUGCUUCCUGUGUUGUGGAUGAUUUUGGGGUGCAGAAGCCUGUGGGGAGAGGUGGGGAGAAACUCCUCUUUGAAUUGCAUUCGCACUCCAAAUUUAGUGAUGGCUUCUUCUCCCCUUCCAAGGUUGUUGAGAGAGCUCACAUCAACGGCGUGAAAGUUCUUGCUCUGACAGAUCAUGACACUAUGGCAGGCAUUCCUGAAGCUGUAGAAUCAGCUCGUAAAUAUGGAAUGAAGAUUAUCCCAGGUGUUGAAAUUAGUACCAUAUUUUCUCCAAGAGGAGACUCUGAAGUAGAGGAACCUAUUCACAUUUUAGCAUAUUACAGCAGUAUUGGACCAUCAAGGUUUGAGGAGUUGGACAAGUUUCUAUCAAAUAUAAGGGAUGGACGUUUUCUUCGAGCAAAGAACAUUGUCUUAAAACUGAACAAGCUCAAAUUUCCUCUUAAAUGGGAGCAUGUUUGCAGGAUUGCUGGCAAGGGGGUUGCCCCUGGGAGGCUUCAUAUUGCCCGUGCCAUGGUUGAGGCAGGUUAUGUAGAAAAUCUCAGACAAGCCUUUGCUCGGUAUCUUUUUGAUGGUGGACCGGCUUACUCCACGGGAAGUGAGCCUCUGGCAGAGGAAGCAAUUAAUAUGAUUUGUCAUACUGGGGGUGUUGCUGUUCUGGCUCAUCCAUGGGCACUAAAACAUCCAGUUCCCAUCGUCAGGAGGUUAAAAGAAGCUGGUCUUCAUGGGAUGGAGGUCUACAAAAGUGAUGGAAAGUUGACAGCAUAUAGUGACUUGGCUGAUGCCUAUGGGCUUUUAAAGAUUGGAGGGUCAGACUAUCAUGGGAGAGGAGGGCACAAUGAAUCUGAACUGGGAAGUGUGAAUCUUCCAGUACUAGUAUUGCAUGAUUUCCUUAAGGUAGCUCGACCUAUCUGGUGCAAUGCCAUCAGGGAGAUACUAGAAUGCUAUGCUGAAGAACCUUCUGAUUCUAAUCUAGCAACAAUUACAAGGUUUGGGAGAACCCGCAUUUUUAAGGGAGGUUCACCCUUGAGUUGUGGACAGGACUUGAUUGAUCAUUGUUUACCUCUGUGGUUGUCUAGCCAGGAGAUGGAAAAUGCUGAGUUUGAAGCUAUCAAGUUAAAGCUUUCCAAUGUUUCGGUUAGUCAAGGAGGAAUUCAGGUUCUCGUAGAGAUUAAAUAG